AUGUUAUUAUUCUUAUUAAUAUUAGUUUAUUUGGUCAAUGGAAUAAAGAUCAAUAAUCAAUUUCUUCAAGAACCUGAAGAUGUUGAAACAAUAAUUGGAUCAACAUUAAUUCUUCAUUGUCGAACUGAACCACUUGAUGAAAAUCAAGUUACUUGGUGUAAAAAUGAUUUUUGUACAUUAGGAAAAACACGAGAUUUACCAUUCUAUCCUCGAUAUGAAAUUAUUGGACAAGCUCAUCAAGGUGAACAUCAUUUUAAGAUAGUAAAUGUCUCAUUAGAAGAUAUGGGAAUGUAUCAAUGUCAAAUUCGAGCUGGAGCAAGACGAGCUGGUUCAAUGUCUCGAAAAGCUAAAUUAACUGUUUUACAAAUUCCAACAAGUUUAUCAUUAGAUAGUCCAAUUGUAUUAAUAGAAAAUGUUUUAUCAUUUAUUGUAUGUCGAGCGCAGAAUGCAAUGCCUGAAGCUAAACUUUCUUGGCAUUUACCAAAAUCGAUUAGUUAUUUAUCUAAAAAUGAUUAUGCUCUUAUAUCUGAUCAAUCAUUAAGAAAUUCAAUUUCAAAUAUAACAUUUAUACCCAAUAGAUUAUAUCAUGGCAAACUUAUUCAAUGUCAAGCACAUUCAUCAGCAAUUGAUAUUAUGAAUAAAACAAUGAUAACACAACAAUAUAUUCAAACGAUUUUUUCACCGGAAAUUAAUAUUAGUUUAAUUGGUGAACAAACAGAAAAUGAAAGAAUAAAUAUUUCUUGUAAUGUUUAUUGUCGACCGCAUUUGGAGAAAAUCAAAUGGUUCAAUGGAAGUUCUUUAUUAAAUUUAACUGAUAAAAAUCAUUUUGAACUUUUAUUAACAAGAUAUAUGCAUAAAAAUCAGAUUAUUUGUCAAGCAACAAAUCAAGUUGGAAUACAAAAUCAAUCAAUUACACUUUUAAUUAAUUAUAAACCAAUAUUUAUAGAUAAUUAUGGAAAUCAAAUAAAAAAUUAUUCAGUUAUUUUAGUUGAAGAAGGAGAAUCUGUUGAACUUCAAUGUUUAGUUGAUUCAUAUCCAUCAUCAUAUAUAUCUUGGAUAUUUAAUCAGCAGACUAUUCUAAAAAAUGAAACAUCUUUGAAAAUCUCUAAUAUUCAAUCAACAAAUCAUACAGGUGUUUAUAUCUGUAGUGCAAAUCAUUCUAUAUUUGGAAUAUUUAAUCGAACAAUUCGUGUUGCAUUAAAAGGACCACCGGAAAUGAUUAGUGAAACAACAGUUAAUUCAAUUUAUGUUGGACAAUCAAUUCUACUUGUUUGUUCAAUAUCAACUGAUAUUCCUAUUGAAAAUAUCUAUUGGUCACGCGAAGGACACUCAAGAUUAAAUUCAAAUGAAAAAUAUGAAAUAAGUGAAAAUCGUAGUGAUGAAUCAGUUGAAUAUAAAUUAUUAAUAAAAUUUAUUUUAUCAUCAGAUGAAGGUGAUUAUAUAUGUACAGGUAUUAAUCAAUAUGGUUCAUCAGUAACAAAAUUUCAAUUACGUGUUAUUAAUUUAAAAAAUUAUUUUAUUCAACGUUCAUUUUUAUAUGGAUCAAUAUUUCUUGGUCUAUUUUUUUGUUUUAUUUUAAUAAGUUUUUCAUUAAUUAAUCAUUAUCGACAAAAAAAUGAUCAACGAAUACGAAAAAAAUCUUCAACAACUGAUGAAACAAUAUCAUCUUUAGCUAAACAACAAGAAAAUAUUCAACAUGAUUAUCAAGAUGAAACAAAUUCAAAUAUUGAUCAAUAUCUUUAUCAUGAACAAUUAAUUAAUAAUCAUCAACGAAAUAAUAUAUUUCAUUCAUCACAAAAUGAUCUAUUUUAUUUCAAAGAUAAUAUUGAAAGAUUUUCAACUGUUGUUUAA